AUGGCUAGCAACGCCGGGCCACCGGCUGCACCGGCCCAGUUCACGCCAGCGCAACUGAACGCCUUGUUUGGCGAGUUCCUGGCCCAGAACCUCAAUGGCGUCGCGCAGACAAUGCGUCGCGUCAUCCCACCGACAACCAAGCUUACCAAGGCGGAGGACUACCUGACGUGGAGGGGCAAGUUGAUCCGGAACCUCAACCGCGUCGACCUUGAUCAGCACAUUCUUCAAGACCUUCCGGAGCCCGAAGACGCUGAACUUCGACGCGUUUGGAAGAACGACAGGGCAGACGUUGGGGAUUACAUCCAAACCUCUGUCCCGGACCACAAGAUUUGGACCAAUUUGAUCGGCAUGGGCUGGGACGCCGAUGCCAACGAUCCGAAAGACACCUUUUUGGAGCUCACGCAGUACUUCCAGAAGGGCGCCGCUGAUACCAAUUACAACAUGAUGAAGGAGUUCAUGAACAUCCGUCGCAGCAGCUACGACAAGAUGGAGUCGUUCACGCAUCGACUGAACCACUUACGUGGCCGCAUCAACGUCACUGAGUUCAAACUCGACGAGAAGGCUUACUGUUGGAUGGCCAUCAAAGGCUUCCAGCAGGAAUACCCAGAUCUUUACAACCGUAUGGUGUCUGGCAUCGAGAGCAAGACCAUCGCUUGGUCCGACAUCAUAGCUAAGCUUCAGCAACUGGCUGUCUCCGAGGCGGCUCAACCCACCAUGUCUUCUGUCAAGACCGACGACAACGGCAAGUCUAGCAAGAAGAAGGAUAGCAAGAAAGACGAUAACAAGGACAAGUCCAACGACAACAACAAGGAGCGCGUCACUUGCAUUACGUGCAACAAGUCCAUCGACAAGGGCUUCAAGCACUGCACGGACUGCGACAAGCAUUGGGUUGGCGACAUCUGUUGGUGGUGCCAUCCCGAGAAGGCAAAGGAUACGUGGAAGUGGAAGAGUAUUGCGAUUCAGGAGAAGAAGCUCCGUGAGCUCAACGCCAAAGCUACAGCUGGUCCAUUGCAUCAACAGUCUGGUGUUGCGGCUUCCCUGGGUCCCAAGCCGUCAAACCUUCUCUUCACGACCAACCAUGAUGAUGACGAUGAUCAUCAAUACAACUUCGCGUUUACUAGUUUUUCUACGACCAACAACGACAACAGGGAUUUUAUCCCGGGCCCCCGGCGCUUCUUAUGA